UCGACACUUCUCAUCGUGUCUUAAACACAUUUAUUAAUAACACAAAAUCCUCACUUUUAUAUACCCUGAACAAAAUAAUUAAGAAGAUGACUUGCAUUGCUUCUGCGUUUAAGGCUUUGUGUUUGUCUCUCUUGUUCGUCGCCGCCGUUGCAAGUCGUCCGACCAACAGGCCAAAGGUUUUUAACGUCCACCGCUAUGGUGCCAAAGCUAACGGAAAAACUGAUAACACCAAGGCGUUCACAAACAUAUGGAAAAGCGCAUGCACAAGGAAAGGUGGUAAUAGUAAAAUCUACGUACCGAAAGGAACGUUUUAUCUCGGUGGUGUAGAGUUCGUAGGGCCAUGCGCGAAUCAGAUUGAAUUUGUUAUCGAUGGAACUUUACUGGCUCCUUCAAACCCCAGGGACAUUAAGAAUGACACAUGGAUCCAAUUCAGGUACAUUAACAAUCUUAUUAUCUCCGGUGCCGGUACACUCGACGGCCAAGGGAAAGAGUCUUGGCCACUAAAUGACUGCCACAAAAACCCCAAUUGUCCUAAGCUAGCUAUGACCAUGGGAUUUGCAUUCGUGAACAACUCAAGAAUCAAUGGGAUAACAUCACUCAACAGCAAAAUGGGACACUUCAACUUCUUCUCUGUCCAUCACUUCAACAUCACUGACGUCACUGUAACAGCUCCCGGCGACAGCCCAAACACCGAUGGGCUAAAGUUUGGGUUCUGUAGCAACAUUAACAUCUCCAGGACACACAUUGGUACAGGAGACGACUGUAUCGCCAUCCUUUCCGGAACCACCAACAUGGAUAUCUCUAAUGUCAACUGUGGUCCCGGACAUGGGAUCAGUGUCGGAAGCUUAGGGAAGAACAAAGAAGAGAAGGACGUUAAUGGCUUAACCGUAAGAGACAUAGUCUUUAACGGCACUAGCGACGGUAUUCGGAUCAAGACUUGGGAGUCUUCAGCUUCGAAGAUCUUGGUUUCUAACUUUGUGUACGAGAAUAUUCAGAUGAUUAACGUUGGAAACCCUAUCAACAUCGACCAGAAGUAUUGUCCUCACCCACCUUGUGAAAAGAAGGGAGAGUCACACGUUCAAAUCCAAGACCUUAAAUUAAAGAACAUAUAUGGAACAUCGACAAACAAAGUGGCGGUGAAUCUACAGUGUAGCAAGAGCUUUCCGUGCAAGAAGGUUGAGCUAAUUGACAUUAACCUAGAGCAUAAGGGAGUCGAGGGUGGUCCUUCCACUGCGGUAUGUGAGAAUGUUGAUGGUUCUACACGUGGCAAGAUGGUUCCUCAGCAUUGCCUGAACUGAUUCAACGACCCAUGGGAACAAUGGCCGUGUGUUGUACUAUUUUAUAUUUUCUUAUGUUUUUUGUAUAAUUUCUAGUUGCUGUGUUG